ACAUUUUGGCACAAAGACAUGAACGACCCCUGCGGAGGUAACGUUAGGGCUCGACGACUCUUUAAGUCACUGCAAUUACAAUGAGAGAGCCGUUAAAAUAAAAACAUACACAUUCAGCAUCAAACCCCUAGAUGACACAUUUUCUUUUUUUUUUUUUUUUUUUUACAAAACAAGAGCGACCCCCACCCCUCAAGAAAAACCAGGGUCAAAGUUCACAGGAAGCUGGGGGGCUGCCAUUUUUCCCUGCUGCUGCUACAGCUAACGUUAAACGUUAGAUGCUAAGACGACGGGGAGGGGCGGUUGGUUUUGGAUCCUGUAGCUAGCUGGUGUCAACGGCUCGAAUUCGUUACACAAAGUCCGUCAUUUCUCCGACCGUUGUCGCUAACAACCAUUGUUAUUGGAUGAAUUCGGCAUGGAGAAGGUAGCGGAGCCGUCUUGGACUUCUUCGUACACCUACCAGGUGAGCAAGCACAGUGCGGAGAUGCUACACAACCUCAACAUUCAGAGGAAAGAUGGAGGCAGGUUCUGCGAUGUGAUCCUGCGCGUCGGCGAGGAGAGCUUCCCUGCCCACAAAGCGGUGUUAGCGGCGUGCAGCGAGUAUUUCGAGUCGGUCUUCAGCCGCCAGACGGAGGGCGACGGCGACGCCAAGGAGCUGGAGAUGCACACCAUCAGCCCGAAAGUUUUUAAAGACGUAUUGGACUUCGCUUACACCUCCAGGAUUGUGGUGCGACUGGAGUGCUUCCCGGAGUUGAUGACAGCUGCCAAGUUUCUGCUGAUGCGGUCGGUCAUUGAGAUCUGUCAGGAGGUCAUCAAACAGUCCAACGUACAGAUCCUCGUACCCACCUCCCGCGGAGGAGACGCCAGCCUUUUCCAGGCCACGGGGGCCACGGAGCUGGGUUUCCCGGUGGCACAGCAGGAUCUGGUAAACGGAACGGGAAUGCUGGUGAACGGUCAGAGCUUUGCUAACAAUGCACAAAUGCAUGUGGAUGGUAGCGAAGAGCCCGCCGCCGUGUUAUUAGAGGACGGCGGAGAGUCGUCGGUGCCGAUGUUAGAGCCCGUCGAAGGACUGUCCGUUUCCCCCUCGACGGAAAUGCCGGGGAACGCGUUUCAACACGACGCUGGCUCCCCGGGGUCGAAACGGAGCAGGGGGAGACCAAAGAAAGCUGGCGGGGUAGUGGAGGCUAUACACUUUAAUCACAGCACCCAGAAAGACAAUGGGCUGUUUCCUUGCGGGACCUGCGGUAAAGCGUUUACAGAGGCUUCCCGCUUGAAGAACCACGAAGCUCAGCACGGAGCUCAGCACACCGGCGGUGUAAACAACGUCGGUGACAGCCUGUCAGCGGCGGGCGGCAUGUCUUUAAUGUCUCAGCCCGGUCUGGUGGAAAACGGCGUACAGUUACACGGAGGGCUGACGCUGGAUAACGGCCGAAAACGGGAGAGGACCAGGCGGCAUGUCGGCUGUGACAUUUGCGGCAAAGUUUUCCGCGACGUUUACCACCUGAACCGACACAAGCUCUCCCAUUCCGGGGAGAAACCGUACGCGUGCCAUGUGUGCGGGCUCCGGUUCAAACGCAAGGACAGGAUGUCGUACCAUGUGCGGUCCCAUGACGGGUCAGUCGGUAAACCUUAUGUGUGCCAAAGCUGUGGUAAAGGUUUUUCAAGACCAGACCACCUGAAUGGACAUAUCAAACAGGUUCACACAACAGAAAGACCCCACAAGUGCCAGAUUUGUAAUGCCUCUUUUGCUACAAGAGAUCGCCUCCGGUCACACCUUGCAUGCCAUGAGGACAAAAUCCCCUGCAAAGUUUGUGGCAAGUUUUUGCGAGCUGCCUACAUGACGGACCACCUCAAGAAACACAGUGAAGGAACGCAUAACUACUGCGGCAUUUGCAACAAAGGUUUCUCCACUGCGUCCUACCUUAAGGUGCAUAUAAAGACACACCAUGGCUCUCCACUGCCCCCCUCUGCCACAAUGCACACCUUCCCUGAGCCAAGGGGGGAACUGCAGAUGCACAAUGGCAACCCUUACCACAUGGGACGCCAGUGCUCAGUGGAAGACCUGUGUGCCAGUCGCCAGCUGCUUCUCACCUCGUCUGAGGCAGAGGGUCGCUUUCAUGGGCUCUCUGGACACCCAGUGCUUCCCCAGCCUGGCCCUCCUGCCUUGGGCCUGCAGCCUGAGCUGCUCAUGGGGAAGGCAGGUGGGGCUCCAUAUUUCUGGGAGUGUCGCUCUGGCGGGUUGCCUGGCUUCCCCGUCCAUGGGCCUGUCGCAGACGGGCAGGAAAACACCGGGAAAUGUCCUCAUCUGGAAUCAGAAGAAUCUGAUCCUUCAUUUGGGGAGUUGCCUAACGGUGAUGAGCUUAAAUCUCCACACAAGCCCGACGGGCCGGAGUUGGAAAUGCCCUCUUUAGCCUGCAACGGAGCCUCUGCGGGGGCCUUGGGGUCUCCAGAGGGAUCUAAAGCCAAGACGGACCCUGAGAAGAAGUUUACCUGUGCCAUCUGCGGUCAGGCCUUCCGCACCAAGUCCUACCUCAACAAGCACCAGCACAGAGUUCACAAAGCCCAGAAGGCUCAGGGGGUUUCAGGGUCAGGCUUAAACGAGCUGGGCCCCUCCCUGACCUCUCCCUUCUCCCCUCAACAAAACAUGUCUCUGCUCGAGUCAUUUGGCUUUCAGAUAGUCCAGUCUGCGUUCGCCUCUUCUCUGGUGGAUGCCGAGGCAGGUCAAAGUGGCAUCGACUUUGGAGGGAAGUGACAUAUUUGCUGAAGUUUUUUUUGCAAAGCCUCUUGUUCUUAGGACAAAGCCGGGUUGCCCACAGAAGAUGCUCUGUAUUUGGGAAUAACUUUGCCUCAAGACUACUUUUUUCCGUUUGUGACAUUGCUUAAUGUGUAUCCGAUAUUUUUGUCACAGACUGCCAUACGAUUCCUACUUUUUCUACUUUUUCAGAGUAUGAAAAGUGCGUGUACGGUGUUAAAUUUUCUUUUUAAAGAAACGACAUGAAGGUUUUAUGUCCUUUAUCUGAUGUGGAUCUGUUGAAGUUACGUUGGGUAUGUUUUUGCUUUGUUUUGGCUUAUGUGUUGUUGAACUUUCUUAGCUGCACAAAUCUUUGUUGACAUGAGACGAAUUAUUUACUGCAACCUUAAAAUAAGUAAUUACUUACUGUCUCUUCGUGAAUUCUGUAUUUAUGUUCUCUGCGUCUUUUUAAGAAGUUUUUCUUAAGGACAGAGAUUGGAAUUGGCCUCACUUUUGAUAGCAGAUUUUCUUUGAAUUUCUUAAUUGUUCCAAGAAACAUUCCUAACAGGCCCAUGGCAUAUCUCUCGACAUGUUUGUUACAAGCAAUUUUCUUCAGCUUCAUUCAGAAAAUGUCAGUUUGCUGGCCACUGAGCAGCAUUGAGAGCUGGCAAGGACCUUUAAUGAAUUACUAUUGACAGGAUUACAGUUAAAAUGUAUAGCAUCCACACUAAGCUCAUCUCGGACUGUAAAAGCAGGCAAAAAAUAAUUCAAUAAUAAAUAAUUAAGCUACCUCACAGAAGAAGAAACACCAGAGUGCUUUGGGUAUCAUAGCCGAUUUAAUUCUUGUGCUAACUUCGUUAGAUUUAAAGUUAUACCAAAUUCACAAAUGAAAGCCACUUUUCCUGUCAGGAAUUUUAAAAGCCCAUAAGCACUAUGCCGUUUUUAGUCAGGGUUUCUUUUCCUUUUUCAUAUCCGGGUCUUUAGAUAUGCCUGUCAUUCUGGUAGAAUUAUGUGUUUUUUCUAUUAUUUGAAUAAAGCCUUUGAGGAGUGUUAUGAUUCACCACGAACCUGAGCAGCUCUGAAUCUUAACCAGAGCGCAGAGUUGGUGUCCUGAUGUGAUCGCUGGAGGGAUGUGGUCUAAAUGAAGCAGAUCUACUGACAGCUCAUUUGGAUGUGUAAAGCCCAUUGUCAUAUUUUGAUUUGACAAUUUGUAAAAUGAAUUAUUAAUACGGAAAAAUCCAGAAGCAAGGAGAGGAAAGCCAUUUAUUAUUAUGAUCUAUACUGUGUACAGGAAUACGUUUUUUUUAAACUUUCCCAGGAUAAAAUGUUUAUAACCCGUAAAACUUGUCUUGAAACGUGCCUGGAGCUUGUUAGGAAUGAUUCCCCCCCACCACCACAAUGACAAGGUUUCAAAGUCUUGUUUGAUGGGUAUUAAAUCAUAUGUGUACAUUAAACAGGGACCAAGGUCAGGUAUAUUUUCAGUAUAUAUUUUGAGAAAUGUAGAUUAUAUUUUAUUAACUUAUUCAUGCCCUCGGUUUGGUGUACAGUUUUCUUUUUUCGUUUUUAAUUGUCAAACGAAAAUCUUGUGAUUUGCUAAUUUUUCACUCUAAAUUAUGUUAAAUGGAAAUGUGUGGUUAUUUGUGUGUGUGUGUGUGUGUGUGUGUGUGUGUGUGUGUGUGUGUGCGCGUGUUAGAAGGAGGAGUCACACCCUGAUCCCAUAGCCUCUGGACCGACCAAACGUGAUGCAACUUCUACAGAAUCAAGUCAUUAAUUCUCCGGUGUCUCUUCCUCUUCAUCACCUGCACUGCUUGUGUUGCUCAGCCACCUCCCGUCAGAUUGGCUUGUGCUGUUAGUAGAUCACAUGUCUUGUGUUUGCACUAAUGGUCGCUAGGUUGAGGCAUAAGCUGUCCAUCUUGGGCGUCUUACAGUGAAAAUGUGUUUCAUGUUGAAUCCGAGACAUUCCUGUGACGAGAACAAACUUAAUUGAAUGGUUCCUCGAACCGAUACGCUACGAGAGCCGUUCUGCUUUGCUUGGUUUGAUUCAGAUUCUCGCUCAACGUCCACUGUAAUGAAAAUAUGUAUAUGAUGCUGAAUUGGGUUUACAUCUUUAAAAAUGAGAACCAACAGGAUGUUAUUUAAUUAGAAUAAAUUGUGUGUGAACAUCCCUUUAAGUAAGGGUUUAUUUGGUUUUGGUUUUAACAAUCAAGAUUACAAAUGAAAUAGGCAAUCACUGUAAGUUACAGAAAAUCUGUGUUUAAACACUGCUGGCAUUUGUGAUAGAGAGCUCUGUACUAAAAUAAGUAUCCAAAGUGAAAUCUUUUAUCACCUUGACUUCUCAUGCAAUUAACACAUCUGAGAUGAACACCUUUCUCACAGGUCGGUGUUUUUUCUUGAGUUGUAAAAACUGUACCAUGAUGAAACAGUGAAGGGGCUCAGCAGUGUGUGUGUGUGCGCGCGUGGCUUCGGCUCUGUAAAAAGAGUGUGUAUACGUGUCUGUGUUUGAUCUGUGUUUCCUGCUUUUUUGUUUAAUUAUUAUUUGUGUGUCAUUUAGUCUGUUAAAUUCAGUACAUUCCUAUAUUAUUUAUGGUUAUUUUGUGAUUGUAACAAGUGUAUAUACCAUUCAUAUACACAUUCUAUAAAUAUAUAUAUAUAAAUAUAUAUGAACCAACCGAUAUGAUAAGUGUUUGUCAAUGGUGGUCCUGUACAUAUAUAGAUUUUUUUUGUUCUUCUCGUCUAUCAUGUGGAGGGAUGUUAAGUUAUGGCCAUUUGAUUGAAAGCGUAAACUGCAUGUUCCGGCAUGCGAGCUGAACUGGGGGACUGAAUGUCGAUCACUGGUUGGUGGCAGUAAUAGUUUCGCUGUUCGCCGUACUGUCACUCUGCUCUGGUAGCACUCACACUGCCAGCUGCACGACUCACGUCUCUGACCAAGGUUUUUUUGUCCUUUUUUGAUCCACUCUGCACUAGUAUUUACUUCUUUAAAAAGGUAAUAAGGGUUUGUUUUGUUAUCGAUUAUUUGAAAACAAACGGAAGUUGCUGUAAGGAAAAUAAUGAUCCUUUUUGUUUUGAUUGUUUUUCUUCACUGGGGGAUGUAUGAUUUUGUUUUCACUCAUGUUGGUACUCAAGUGUAAUGUUUCCAAGGAUUAUUUAGGCCCUAAAUGUUUGCUUUUCUGCUUUUGGUCUGUUGCAAAGUGCCUUCCAAAUACUGAUUGUGCACAGCAGUGGAUUAAAAAAGGUCCUCUUUUCUAAAGGUUAAGAAUUGUACAGAGUGACUUGCAUUGACACUUUUGUAUAAAAACACACAGAAAAUGUACAAUAUGUUAACUUGGUAUUUUAUCAUCGUACUCAACAAGAUUGCUCUUAAAACAUGUGAGCUACAUGUUUUGUUAUAACGUCUUUGGACAUAUUUCAAUAUAAGCAUACUUUUCUAUAGAUAUUUGUUUUUGUACUCUGUUAUUGAGUCUCAUCUCUCUUGUUGGUACAGAGAUGAGUGUCAAAUAAAUUGCAAUUGAAAAAUC